GUUCCGUGAUAUAGUUAUUUUGUAUUAUUCAGGACUCAUCAAACCAAACAUUUAACUUCGAUACUGAACACGAUACUCUAGUUAGUUUCCGUGAACGUUUCAUAUAUUCAUCUUAUCAUGGCACAAGUUCAAGAGGAAGAACUCGAAGAGUUACAAACUAAAAAAUUGUGGCAUCAAUUAACUCUGAAGCUUCUAGCUUAUGUAAAAGAUCCAGAGCAUCAAAGUAAUGUUAACUUGCUGAAAUUUUACAACAGAUAUGUUCAGCCCAUUGAAACUAAAAUGAAUGCUUUCGCUUUGGUUGAAAUAGUUUCAUAUGUUAUUCCAUAUUUCCAUGAACCACAAGAUGCAGUUUUAUUUUUAGAAAUGUUGGAACCUAAAAUUAAAGACAAAAUUGAAGCUUUAAUUUUUGCAAAAGUUUUAAGAGGUGAAAUACUUUUGGACAAAAUGAAAAAUCAACCAGACUGUUUGGUAAUUAUAACUGAUGUUGACAAACUGCUAAGUGAUUUGGAUGAAAUAUCUCCUGUUCAUAGCAGAUAUUAUUUGUUAGCUAGUCACCUAUACCGAAUUCAAGGAAAGCAUACAGAAUACUACCGGACUUGUUUGAAGUACUUGGGGUCAAUUGAUUUAUCUACAAUUAGCCCCCCUGAUCAAUUGAGAAAUGCAUUUUUAUUGGGACUUGCUGCAUUACUUAGUGAUGACAUUUAUAAUUUGGGUGAAUUGCUCAUGCAUCCUAUUUUGGAUUCAUUAACCAACACAUCAAACUAUUGGUUAGUAGAAUUAUUAAACGCAUUUAACAAUGGAGAUAUUGUAAAAUUUGCCAAAAUGAAACCUCAAUGGGCCUCCAUACCAGAUAUAGCUGUUCAAGAACAUAAGCUUCGACAAAAAAUAUCUCUUCUGUGUUUGAUGGAAAUGACAUUCAAGCGACAAGCGAAAAAUCGAUGUUUAUCGUUCCAAGAAAUUGCACAAGAGACACAAUUGUCAUUGGAUCAAAUUGAGAUGUUGGUUAUGAAAGCAUUAUCAUUAGGUCUUGUAAAAGGUAAAAUUGACCAAGUCAGUGAAGGUGUAUACUUGGAAUGGGUUCAACCUAGAGUGAUGAACAAAACUCCGAUAGCUGGUAUGAUCAGUAGACUAGAUUCAUGGUGCACAGAAGUGAAGAGUAUGCAGUAUAGAAUGCAAGAUGAAGCUCAAGAGUUUUUGAAAGUUUAAAUUUAAUAGCUUCCUUAUUAUGAAUGAUUUUGUUUGCAAGUGUAAUUUUAUAAUAUAUCUAACACAAAAAUGUAUUUUAUAAGAAAUUAUG